UGCUAGUCUACACUCCAGCUUGUUGUUUCUGAACGAGAUCAUCAUGCCUCGGGGUCAGAAGAGUAAGCUCCAAGCCCAAGAAAAAUGCCACCAGACUGAAGGUGAGACACAGGAUCCCCAGAGUGGUCAGGCCCCUGAAACAGAGGAUAAAAGAUCUCCCCAUUCAUCUUCUCAUUAUUUGGGGGUUACUACCCAUAAAAAACCAUCUCGUGGGCGGCAAAGCACUUCCAAGGUGCCUCAGAAAGCCUUUGCUACCACUGAAUCUAAGAGUGUUUCUACUACAAGAUCAUAUGGAAGGGCUAACAAAGUAGUUAAGAGAAAACCACGUGCUUCCCAGGCCUCAUCCUCUACGGUGAAGCAACCUAAAAGCUCUAUCAUUAAUACAGUCCAGGUGGUAGUGAAGUAUAUGAUGCACAUGUAUGAAAUGAAAAGACCCAUUCUGAAAGCAGAUGUGUUGAAGAUGAUCACCAAAGAGCAUAGAAAACGCUUCUUUGAGAUCCUUCGAAAAGCUUCUUUCAACAUAGAGGUGGUGUUUGGUGUAGACUUAAAGGAAGUAGAUUCUUUAAAGCAUUCCUACAUUCUUGUAAGCAAAAUGAAUCUUCCUAACAAUGGCACUGUAAGUAGAGGCAGGGGAUUCCCCAAGACUGGCCUGCUAAUGAACCUCCUAGGUGUGAUAUUCCUGAAAGGAAACUGUGCCGCUGAGGAAAACAUCUGGGAAUUCCUGAAUAAGAUGAAAAUAUAUGAUGGAAAGAAGCAUUUCAUUUUUGGGGAGCCCAGGAAGCUUAUCACUAAAGAUUUAGUGAAGCUUAAAUACCUGGAAUACCGGAGAGUACCUAACAGCCAUCCUGCAAGCUAUGAAUUUCUGUGGGGCCCAAGAUCUCAUGCAGAGACAAGCAAGAUGAAAGUCCUGGAGUUCUGGGCUAAGAUCAACCAUACAGUUCCCAGUGCCUUCCAGUCCUGGUAUGAUGAAGCUUUGAAAGAUGAGGAAGAAAAAGCUAGAGCUGCAAUUACAUUCAGUGACACAUUAACCCAUACCGGUUGAAUGUCCCACAGCCAUGUCAAACAGGUCCUCCCACACCUAGUGGGGUUAGCGUUUGUUUUGACUUUACUUUGUACUUCAAGAGGACAGUGCAUGAA